AACUACUGUUAGUAUUAAAUAAUCUACGCCGGCGCGUGGUGCAACUGCAAUGGUACAAGUAAUAUUUUAGUAAUCCAAGUUGAAAACGUGAUUAUAAAACACAGCAUACCAUGAUGGCUUGUUGGCUUGCUUAACAUACUUAAAAUUAUUUUCUAUGGCAACAUUGGAGAAGUGAGCCAUCGCCCUGUUACUGUGUCAUGGCGGUUUGACUUGUUAAAAGUUUUUUUGCAAUAACUCACUAGUUAAUGUGCUUUUUAGCGAUUUGAUCUUUGAUUUCAACAAUUAUUAACACGUGAUACAAAAUAGUUAAUAAUGCGCGAAUACAAAAUAGUCGUGUUAGGUAGCGGAGGCGUGGGAAAGUCUGCCCUCACGGUACAGUUCGUACAAGGCAUCUUUGUGGAGAAAUACGACCCCACCAUAGAAGACAGCUAUCGGAAACAGGUGGAAGUGGACGGUCAACAAUGCAUGCUCGAAAUUUUGGAUACUGCCGGCACGGAACAGUUUACCGCGAUGAGGGAUUUGUACAUGAAGAACGGCCAGGGAUUCGUGUUAGUGUAUUCGAUCACCGCACAGUCUACGUUUAACGACCUGCAGGAUCUCCGGGAGCAGAUCCUGCGAGUGAAGGACAAGGACGACGUGCCGAUGGUGCUGGUGGGCAACAAAUGCGACCUGGAGGCGGAGCGCGUGGUGGGCAAGGACCAGGGCGGCAACCUGGCGCGCCACUUCAACUGCGCCUUCAUGGAGACCUCGGCGAAGGCGAAAAUCAACGUCAACGACGUAUUCUACGACCUAGUAAGACAGAUCAACAAGAAGUCACCCAAAGAGGAAAGGAAAGUUAGGAAGAAUAAAGUGUGUCGUCUUCUGUAAGUGUUGCGGAGCCUCAGACGCGUCUAGAUAUACAAUAUUUAAUAAUUUGAAAGACUUCUCGUACCCGGAUUUGGCUCUUGACAGUUCCCAAAGUUAACUAGAUCGGGUGUUGAGCUUCGUCACUUGGCGAGCACCUGUAGCAUUUCGAGAAUGUGCAUUUGUUGAGCAGUGUCGUGAACCAGUGCUUUAGCACGAGUGGAAAAUGCACAGAGCAUCGUGGAUUUAUCCAGUCCUACCCAAAUAAAUGUAGCUACUACACAUUUUGGUCUGUUUUUUAUAGUUAAUGAGAUAUAUUUGAGGAUAGAUUCAACGAUUCUGUGUGUGUUUCACUCUAGAAAUUCCAAUUGUAAUGUGUGGAUGCUGUUAGGUUCAGAAGUUUAAUGUUACAAUAAGUUGUAUUUUAAUCCAUGGCAAUUGCAGCGGGAUUCCAUGUAGGUGUAUUGUAAAAUAAUCAAUAUGAAAAAUAGGUAAAUGACAUGCAAUAAUUACUAUAAUUCAUUUAUCUAAUGUUAAUUAAAAUUGUAGUUGUCAUGGACCAAUUAUUUAGGUCACAGCCAAACUCUUGAGUCUUUUCAAAAAUAACUAAUGUUAUUCUAUUAAUAUUCAAUGAAGUAACAAUGCUACGUUCAGCCAGACGGUUGCUUUGAACAGGAAAAGUAACAAUGGGUGUAUUUACCAUGACAUUAUCUCAAGGGCAUUCAAAUAUACUCAAAUGUUACACAGAAUUAUUCUUCAUUUUGUAAAAAAUUAUAUAGUCAUAACAUGAAUUCCAAAUGCAUUUAUUAAUAUAUCUUCGCUGUCUGAACAUAGCAAUGUACGGAAAGAUGAUUUAUUUUCUAGUUUUCUAGUAAUAUUGUUCUGAUUGCACUAAUGUUUACAAGAGCCCCAAACUUCUGAACGUUUGGAAUGAGAGUAGAAUAUGCAGGCUCCGAAGAGACCUGGAAAAUGUGCCAGCAGGCCUGUACCAGCAUGUAAGUAAUGUUUAAUAUUAAGGAUACAUUAAAUUUUUUCAGAUAUAUUAUUGUCUUGUUAUAUAAUUCAAAUGUAUCGAAGGGAAGUUGAUAAUGCAACACCAUUUAGGACUUGAUAACCUUUGAACAAAUAUUAGUGAGCCUUAGGUGAUUGCACCCUGCUGACCGUAGUGUCUUCAGCGUCUGCCUAGAGAAGUCCAGUGCGGUGGCUAGAGGCAUGCCACCGGCAUACAAAAGUGGACUAUAACCCCUCAUCUAUGAAAUUGAAAACUUUAAAUAAAAAAAUUAUCGUUAUUGUAAAUGGAUAAAGUUUUAUGGUAACUGGCUCAUUUAUAAAAAUCCAACCUAAGUUUUGCUGCUAUAAACUUUGUUAAACGUAAUAAUUAUAUAGGUGUUCAAAUAUUGUUACGGGAUUAGAUGUUUCCUCCAUUUGCAUUUCUGUUAACAUGUAAGAUUACUGCACAAGGAUAUUGGUAAUGACUUUGAUCUGAGUUGAAUUAUAUUUUUAUAUAUAUUGUGCAAAUUAAGAACUUGUAUAUUUUUAUCUUUGCAAUCAAUAAUUAAUCGACAUGUACAUUAACUAUUAAUUUCUUUUUUUUUGCAAAUUUAUCAAUAAAACCAAUUUUAAAUAUUUGUUUUGGGGUAUACUUUGUCGCCGUUUGCGGCUCUCCCGUUGUCAGCGUGACUCACAGCACGCUCGCCCUCGCUGUUCCCCUCACCAAUCAAAUGAACGUCAAUUGACUUGGGUAUUUUAAUUGAAUUCAAUUAAUUGAAACAACAAUUACCAUCUACAACUAUUUUAUUGCCUUACAGUGUAAAAAGUUUCAUAAAAUGUGUAUUCACUUACAUCACUAAACGACUAGGUAGUUACAAACACGAUAAAAACAAAUGGCAGUGUGACGUGGCGGGCGUAUGUCGACAUUCUAGUAACAUAAGAAUUGACACAGUCCAAUGGAAAUGAACACAAUAUCUAAGUUAGCCUAAGUGUAAACUAAACGGCGCGAUCUAUCAUGCACAACAAGUGUCGCGUUACACCUGGCCUGUGGCGCGCCCAUGGAGUGAAACAAGGUCUCAUACAUAGAUCGAGCUCACCAUGGGGGCGGAUAUACAAAAGAAACGCCUAAAUAAAACUAACAUUGUAAUUGAAAUAGAAAGCUUGCGAGAGUGAUUUAAUCUACAUACAAUUGCGACCGCUGAGGAACGACGUCGCGGAAACGGUCAAAUUUGAUAAUUGUAAUGAGCGUUUAACUAGCCCGAAGCUCGUAUCGCAGCUUAUCGCAUUCGGUUUCAAACGGGUCAUGAAUCCUGGAAACCAUGCCCUUAUCUGCAUAAGGGAUUAAUAAACGGUCAUAAUAUUGAGGAAUAUAUGCUUUAUCUAUAUGUUUAUUUUUAUCACAUGAAUUUGCAUAGUGAUAGUGAAUGUUGAUAAGAAUCGCCCAAACAUGUCAUGGCUCUAUAUGUGUUGCAGUUGGCCAAUUAGAUAUUAAAUUGUACAAAGGUGUAGAGCUUGAGCAAGACGGUGAUUAGUAAUAAUACAGAAAACUCCAUAUUUAGUUUUAAAACUUUAGUAAAUAGAAUAACAUAUUACAAAUAUGUCAGUUGGUAUAUUAAUUGACUAAUUAGACUAAUAAACGUGCUGAUGACGCUUCUGCAGUUUACGUCAUUAUACAAUAGUUUCAUGAGUAAUUGAACACUCAUGAACAAUUAUAGAGAACUAUAUUUUGGUCUAUCUGCAUUAUUUUCAUAAGAUGUUAAAGGCGGAAAAUGUGACUACAGUUUUCUAAAAAUUUAUGUAACUAAGUGCUAUUACUUUAUAAUUAUAUUGGACGGACUUAACAAUGUUAGUGACUAGGUUAAACUUAACUAGAAGUGAUUACUUAUAAUAAAUUUAUUCAUUA